AUGAGCCGACCGAACAACAUGAGCGCCGCCCUCUUCCUCCAGAAGUCCUACGACAUGAUCAUGAACUGCCCGGAAGACGUGGCCGCGUGGUCCAACAAUGGCACGUCGUUCGUCGUCAACCAGAUCAAGGACCUCGAGAGCACGUGGCUGCCGCGCUACUUCAAGCACAACAACUUUACCAGCUUUGCGCGCCAGCUCAAGUUCUACGGCUUUGACAAGUACAAGAAGCACAACCAGGGCGGCGACCUCGAAGCCGACUCGGUCUGGGAGUUCACGCACCCGCUCUUCCUCCGCGAUGCGCCCGAGAAGAUGGUGUCGAUCCGCCGCAAGACCAACACGAGCUCGGACGUGUCCGAGAAGGUCGACAAGACCGAAGUCUCGGCGCUCAAGGAGAAGAUGUCGUCGCUCGAGUCGCAGCUCUCGGCCUUGACCAACCAGAUCUCGAUCUUGACCAACUUCGUGCACUCGUACGUCGAGUCGAACGCGCUGGACGCGGAGCCCGACGCCGAGCCGCUCCGCAAGAAGGCCAAGCUCACGUCGUCGCCGCGCGAUGUCUCGAGCUUCGUGCCCGUCGCCGACGAGAUGGACCUCUCGGACAUUGACGACGGUAUCCUCGACACGCUCCUCUUCGGCACGGCCACGCCCGCCGAAGCCCUCACCUUUGACAUGCAAAUGCCGCUGCUAUUGUAA